GGGCAACGGACGUUCUGCUGCCCGGGAUACCGCGCGCCAGGGCGGAGCUUCCAGGAUUGGAAAGUUUGAGGUUUGCCCCAACCUGGGACGGGACGCUGCACCCUCCUUGUCAAGGUUCAGGGAGGAUGGAGCAGGGGAUGGGGAUGCUUUGAAAGGUGACAUGAAACUUGGCUCUGUGCUGAUCUCCUGAUUAGCAUGCUGUAGCACUUGACUUCCCCCAAGAUGUCACCUUCCUUGGGUCAUCUUGCAGGCCCUAGGUUGAACUAAAGGAGAAUCAGCACUUCAGAGUGCUUUCUCUUCCACACGUCUCAUCGCCAGAGUACCCCCCAGCCCCCACCAAAAAAUCUCGUUAAUCGUAUCAAAGUUUGCAGCCCUUCCUUUAGGAGAUUGCGCUGGACACCUGGGCAAGGAAGUAUUUCUUGCCCAAGUAAGGAAGAUUGUAGCCUGCUUUGAAGACUCUCUCUCCCACCUAUGCACUAGAAUACAUGAUUUCUAUUGACUUCUGUUGAAAUCCUUAGGGACUUUUGCAUGUGUAAUUGGCAAGGUAGUUUAGAUUCACUGAGAUUGGGUGGCCAUAUGUUACUAAAAAUAGGAAUCAGUUCUCCAAAGAAGGUGUCAGAAGCAAACAAACGGUUCCAUAGGGGAAAAUCAGUACUCCUGCUUGUAGCUUAUUCAUCUAGAGAGAUAGAGUUUGCAAUAAAUUGUUGUAUUCUUUGUUAAUACCUAAGACCUUCUGAUCUUAGUUUAUUUCAGUGAUUGAAAUUAACCUGUACUCUUGAAUUUACAGCAUUUCAAAAUAAAAACAUAAAAGCCAUGCAAAACAAAAAAAGGCUUAACUCAAAACCCUCCUUUACAUUCUUGCCUCUCCUUCUACAUUCAGAAUUGAAAAUAUCCCAUGUUAGACUGGAACAGAACUCCAUCUUGAUUAAAACUGCCCUCAUGGUCUCAGCAUUUUCCUGAAGGGGUCAAGAAGACAACCUUUACUAGGACCUUCCAUAUUCCCUACUUCCUCUGCGGCUCUUCAACCAUCACAUCCGGGUCCCCCAGCCCCUUAUAUUACUUGCCUGCGCAGUUGCCGUGGACCAUUAGGAUAGCUCACAUCGCUGGGCAAUGCUAACACAAGAGCAGAAAGCCAGGAGAGGUGUAAAAAUUGGAACCAUUUGGCCCACUUAACAGCAAAAUGAUGCAAGUUGUUCAGCCUGGAAAACUCUUCAUAGGAGGCCUCAAUGCAGAGACCAAUGCAAAGUCUAUUGAAGCAGUGUUUGGAAAAUUUGGACACAUACUAGAAGUUCUAUUGAUGAAGCAUUGAGAAACGAAGAAGUCUAGAGGCUUUGCUUUUAUUACUUUUGAAAGCCCUGCAGAUGCUAAGUGUUUGGAUGGAAAAACAAAGUAGAGCAAGCCAAGAAGAAACCAUCUUUUGAAAGUCAUGGUAGGCACAAACUGCCACCUCUUUCAAGAACUAAAGUCCCCCAAAGAAGUCUGAGGUGUGGAAGAGGAGGAAGUGGUACACCAAGAGGUCGUUCUUCACGUGAAGGGUGCUUGGGUAAUAUCUUAAGAUUCAAGGAUGCAAACAUAGGAUCAAAAACCAAUGAUGGUGGAUAUACUCUUAAUCUCAGAAGAAGAAGUCUGCUGUCUUUGAAACACUACAUAAAGAAAAGCCGAAGCUGUGGGGGAGAGGCCCAGAGAGAGAAUGGAAGGGAGAUAGGUUGCUGUGAGGUGCUUAGAGUCCCCAGCAGACUUACUACAGACUUAGCAGGAUAAAUAAAUAACUAAAUAGAUAGAUAAAUAGAUAAGUGCCCCUGAACUGAGGAAUGGAUGGCGAAGGCUGGAAUGUGACUGUGUUGCUAGGGAGAGGUGAGAAAGGGGAAACCGGAGCAUGGGCAAGCAGGCUGCUGAUUGGCUGGCGCCCGGAACGCGCAACAGGGCUAGAGCGUGGCAGGUAAGAGUUUCUUCAGUCAGUCGCUGGCCAGCCGGGGCAGCGACUGGGCCUGCUAAGAGUCGCUCUGCCUCGACUGAGGGUCCCAAGGCGGAGCGGUGGCUCUUUGGGCCCCGCCCCGCCCCGUCCCGUCCCCCGGGGUUCCUGCCCGGACCUCCCGGGUCCCGGCUGCUGCGGCCCCAGCGCGGUGCGGCCCCAGAGCCACCGGUGGUGGUUCCCAGCCUGGCUGUGAAGAUGGCGGACCGCGCUGUCGCCAGCGCCAACGGCAGCUCAUCCUUGCGGGGUACACAGGAACGAAUGGGUAAGUGGGCCUGCGGCUCCCGAGGGGACUUGGGCCUUCGAGGGAGGCGGGGUUCCCACUGCCCCCGGGCCAGCUGGAGCAGCAUGGCCGGCGUCAGAAAACUUUUCUCUGGAGUCGCCUUGGUCCUCCCUCAUCCCGCGGGAUUGUCCUGGGAUGGGACAGUGGGGAGGUUGGGAGGGGGCGGGAGGGGAAACGGCCGGCCAGCGCUUCCAACGGCCAAACCGCCGAUGCCGGUGGCCAAACUGUCCGUGCCAACGGCCAAACUGCCGAUGCCAACGGGCGAACCCCCGCGGGCGGGGCUGGAACUCGGGGCCCCGCGUGUGGCCCCGAGUCACGCCAGCUGUUAAAGGGCAACGGACGUUCUGCUGCCCGGGAUACCGCGCGCCAGGGCGGAGCUUCCAGGAUUGGAAAGUUUGAGGUUUGCCCCAACCUGGGACGGGACGCUGCACCCUCCUUGUCAAGGUUCAGGGAGGAUGGAGCAGGGGAUGGGGAUGCUUUGAAAGGUGACAUGAAACUUGGCUCUGUGCUGAUCUCCUGAUUAGCAUGCUGUAGCACUUGACUUCCCCCAAGAUGUCACCUUCCUUGGGUCAUCUUGCAGGCCCUAGGUUGAACUAAAGGAGAAUCAGCACUUCAGAGUGCUUUCUCUUCCACACGUCUCAUCGCCAGAGUACCCCCCAGCCCCCACCAAAAAAUCUCGUUAAUCGUAUCAAAGUUUGCAGCCCUUCCUUUAGGAGAUUGCGCUGGACACCUGGGCAAGGAAGUAUUUCUUGCCCAAGUAAGGAAGAUUGUAGCCUGCUUUGAAGACUCUCUCUCCCACCUAUGCACUAGAAUACAUGAUUUCUAUUGACUUCUGUUGAAAUCCUUAGGGACUUUUGCAUGUGUAAUUGGCAAGGUAGUUUAGAUUCACUGAGAUUGGGUGGCCAUAUGUUACUAAAAAUAGGAAUCAGUUCUCCAAAGAAGGUGUCAGAAGCAAACAAACGGUUCCAUAGGGGAAAAUCAGUACUCCUGCUUGUAGCUUAUUCAUCUAGAGAGAUAGAGUUUGCAAUAAAUUGUUGUAUUCUUUGUUAAUACCUAAGACCUUCUGAUCUUAGUUUAUUUCAGUGAUUGAAAUUAACCUGUACUCUUGAAUUUACAGCAUUUCAAAAUAAAAACAUAAAAGCCAUGCAAAACAAAAAAAGGCUUAACUCAAAACCCUCCUUUACAUUCUUGCCUCUCCUUCUACAUUCAGAAUUGAAAAUAUCCCAUGUUAGACUGGAACAGAACUCCAUCUUGAUUAAAACUGCCCUCAUGGUCUCAGCAUUUUCCUGAAGGGGUCAAGAAGACAACCUUUACUAGGCUUUAGAUCUAGUGCAAAUGCAGCAAUGCGGUUGGACUUGGGUCACA